AUGUCUGAAACUGAAACCCGCCGUGAAAGAAGGCCCUCUGUGGGGGCUCCCGUCUCCGAGCUUCAGGGCCCUGUUGGUCCCGGCUUCAGCCGUCCCAAGCAUAGACGUACCUUCACUGGCUUCGGUCCCGCAGAGAUCAAAAGCGUCGAAGCAAGCAUUCCUGAACAUCUCCGGGAGGCGUGGAAAAAACAGUCCGCAGAUGGGUUCACCAACAAAGAGGAAUUUGAACAUGAGCUGGUUCACCACAUCGAGACUACCUUGGCUCGCUCGCUGUAUAACUGCGAUGAAUUGGCUGCGUACCAUGGAACCGCCCUCGCCUUUCGGGAUCGUCUGAUCAUUGAGUGGAAUAAGACUCAACAGCGACAGGCUACCGCAGAUCAGAAGAGAGUGUACUAUCUCUCCCUCGAGUUCCUUAUGGGUAGAGCAUUGGACAAUGCUAUGCUCAAUGUUGGGUUGAAGGAUAUUGCGAGAGAUGGUCUCAAGGAUCUCGGCUUCCGGGUUGAAGAUGUCAUCAGCCAGGAGCACGAUGCUGCUCUGGGAAACGGAGGCCUUGGACGUCUGGCUGCAUGUUUCCUCGAUAGCCUGGCGACAUUGAACUACCCAGCUUGGGGGUAUGGGCUGCGGUAUAGAUAUGGAAUCUUCAAGCAGGAGAUUGUGGACGGCUAUCAGAUGGAAGUUCCUGACUACUGGCUUGAUUUCAACCCCUGGGAAUUUCCCCGCCACGAAAUAAGCGUCAACAUCCAGUUCUAUGGCUGGGUGAGAAAAUACCAGAAUGAGAAUGGCAAGACUGUCAGCUCAUGGCAGGACGGUGAAACCGUUCAAGCGGUGGCAUAUGAUGUCCCCAUCCCUGGAUAUGGCACCCGCACCACCAACAACCUUCGCCUGUGGUCCUGCAAAGCAUCCAGCGGAGAAUUUAACUUCCAGAAAUUCAACGCGGGCGAUUACGAGAGUGCUGUCGCAGAGCAACAACGCGCAGAGACCAUUUCUGCGGUGCUCUACCCAAAUGACAACCUCGACCGGGGUAAGGAACUCAGACUGAAGCAGCAGUACUUCUGGUGUGCUGCCUCUCUGUACGAUAUUGUUCGAAGGUUCAAGAAGACGAAGAGAGCCUGGAGCGAGUUCCCCGAUCAAGUCGCGAUCCAAUUGAAUGACACCCACCCAACACUCGCUAUUGUCGAGCUGCAACGCAUCCUGAUCGACAAUGAAGGCUUCGAAUGGGAUGAGGCGUGGAACAUUGUGACAAAAACUUUCGGAUAUACCAACCACACAGUCUUGCCAGAGGCGUUGGAGAAAUGGUCCGUUCCUCUGAUGCAGAACUUGCUGCCGCGUCACAUGCAGAUCAUCUUCGACAUCAACCUAUACUUCUUGCAGCACGUGGAAAAGACUUUCCCCAAGGAUAGAGAGCUGCUCUCCAGAGUAUCAAUCAUCGAAGAGUCUCACCCCAAGAUGGUCCGGAUGGCUUACAUCGCGAUUAUUGGGUCCCACAAGGUCAAUGGUGUCGCUGAACUGCAUUCCGACCUGCUGAGAACCACCCUAUUCAGGGAUUUUGUCACGAUCUAUGGCCCCGACAAGUUCACCAAUGUCACCAACGGAGUUACUCCGCGCCGUUGGCUGCACCAAGCAAACCCUCGACUGUCUGACUUGAUUGCCUCCAGACUCGGGGGAUACGAGUUUUUGACCGACCUGACGCUUCUAGAUAAGCUAGAGGCUUUUGUCGACGACAAGGCAUUCCAACAAGAAUGGGCUGAGAUCAAAGUUGCCAACAAACUUCGUCUUGCUAAGCAUAUCAAGGAAACCACGGGAUACAGUGUGAACCCAACUGCAUUGUUCGACAUUCAGGUGAAGCGAAUUCAUGAGUACAAGCGACAGCAACUCAACAUUUUUGGCGUCAUUCAUCGGUACCUGAAGAUCAAGUCCAUGUCUGCGGAGGAGAAGAAGAAGGUUCUGCCGCGCGUCUCCAUCUUCGGAGGCAAGGCAGCACCAGGCUACUGGAUGGCAAAGACUGUGAUCCAUUUGAUUAACAAGGUUGCAUCUGUGGUGAACAAGGACCCGGAUGUUGGGGACCUCUUGAAGGUGAUCUUCGUUGAAGACUACAAUGUCAGCAAGGCUGAAAUUAUCUGCCCUGCAUCAGAUAUCAGCGAGCAUAUUUCCACGGCUGGUACCGAGGGAAGUGGAACCAGUAACAUGAAAUUCGUUAUGAACGGUGGAUUGAUCAUUGGAACCUGUGACGGUGCUAAUAUCGAAAUCACCCGUGAAGUCGGCGAGCAGAACAUCUUCCUCUUUGGCAAUCUAGCCGAAGAUGUCGAAGAACUGCGUCACAGACAUCUCUACGGCGACUUCCAACUUGAUCCCCACCUGGCUAAGGUCUUCGAGGCAAUCCGAGGCGGCAUGUUCGGCGACACCAACAGUUUCUCCGCCCUUCUUGCCUCGAUCGUAGAGCACGGAGACUACUACCUCGUGUCCGAUGACUUCAACUCCUACAUCACGACUCAGGAUCUGGUCGACGAGUCGUUCAAGAACCGCGAGGAGUGGCUCACCAAGUCCAUCACUUGCGUUGCACGCAUGGGCUUCUUCUCCACCGACCGUGUCAUCAACGAGUACGCCGAGAGCAUUUGGAAUGUAGAGCCUCUGGAGGUGAAGGAUUAGAAAGCGUUCCUUCCCCGUUGGAGCUGAGCGAUGAGCGCCCUUAUGUCUUUGGCUUUUUGUAUUCCAUGCUUGCUUGCUUUCUCUCUAUUGGCUAGCUCUCCUUGAGUCUCUUAUUAUUGCGUUUAUUGUCCAUUAAGAUUAAGUUUGAGUCAGACUGUUUUGCAUAAGAAAGAGGUUGGAUUGGCAGAUCAACCAAUGACAGAAUCAGCUACAGAAACACCAACAGCAAUGGCAAUAGCAAUAGCAAUAGCCUUGCUAUAGGAGCAUGAUGUUUUGAAGAGCAGUGCUAUAUAAUACCAGUCAUUCAUUGACAUAUUCAUUCAUUCAUUCAUGCAUUUGCAAUGACACACUAUUCGUAUUCGC